CGAAAUCUUGUUUAGCAUAAAUUCUGAAUUGAAGAUGCUGAUGUUUAAGCCUGACCUAAACACUACUUGUCACUAUUUUAGGUUAUGUUGUGAAUUGUUAUCGCCAAUAAAAAAAAAACUGGUUAAAUAAUUGCAAUUUAUAUAAGAAUAAAUAAAAAAUGUUAUCUCGUAAUUGGAGGCACUUAUGUCGCAGAUACUCACAAGCAGUUACAUUCAGAACUACAGAGGCCUCUCCUUCACAACACAAUGAAAAUCAAAUAGGUUUAUUUUACACAAUGGAAGAAGCCCAGUGUAAACAGCUUUUCGGCUCAGGUGGUCUCCCAAAGAGUUUCAUGAAGCAGACCAAAACAUUCACAGAGACAGCUAUUAUGGUGCGUCAACCUGCACUAGACCUGAUAAAUUGCAUCAAGGCCUCAGAUAUGAAUCAACCAGCUAUCAGAUAUGUGCUUUAUGGUGAAAAAGGUGUAGGUAAAUCACUGACUAUAGCACAUCUAUUGCAUUAUGCCCACGAAAAUGGUUACCUUAUUGCACAUGUGCCAUGGGUUUCAGAGUGGUUAAGAAGAACACCUCGGCACAAAGAGAUGGCCAACUCGCAAUCGCGUGAAGGCUUUGUUGAUCUGCCACUAGAUGCUGCAGCCUGGUUGUUGCAUUUCAAGAAUCAGAACCAGGCUAUGCUUAAAAAUAAUGAAUUGAAAACAUCCAAGGAGUAUGUAUGGAGCAAGCGAGAGAUGACAGAAGCUGGGUCAUCGCUGGCGGCGCUCGUAGAACACGGCAUAAACAGAGUCAAGUAUGCGUGUGACGUCAUCGACGCGCUCGUCAACGAAAUCAAGAUACUCUCAGAUAGUAAAGUAUGUAAAACUUUUGUGGCGAUUGAUGGCUUCAACAGCUUCUUUUACCCAAUGACGCGACUCAAGACGCCAACCAAGAAACAAGUGAGGCCUGAGGAAGUCACACUUACCACAUCUUUCCUAGAAAUUACUAAAAAUGAUUGGUCUAAUGGCGUAAUAGUGGUGACUGCAGACCAGCUUGCUGUACCUGAAGAGCACCAAGAAAGCUACCUGCCAAGAUAUUUAUUAUUCAAAAAGGGCUUUGAACAUUUAGACCCAUUUGUACCAAUAGAAGUGGGGAGGUACACUGAUAAGGAGUUCCUGACGUGUGCCAACUACUACAGAGACAGGCUGUGGCUGCGAGGCCCUACAGAAAUAGAAACAGAGUUAAAGUUCACCAGUGCAUGCAAUCCCUACAACUUUAUGAUACAGUGUGCACCAUUGUAAUGUAAUUAGAUAAUAUAUUUAAUGUAGUUUGUA